UGUGUGCGGUUACGGGUUAGUUCUCAGCUGGCAAUGAAAUGGUCACGAGCAUAUAUAAGUUCAUUCCUUUCCGAUCUUUGAGUGUUAGACUGUAAAUAGAUAGUGAAGUUUUUCAACGCGCGGUCCAAAGUUUUCUGUGCAUCAGUGAAGUGCAUUUUAUAUGUUAUUUUCUUCUUCCCACUUGUGUUGUUGUUAAUUUUUGUAAGUGGUAGUGUUGGGUACAUUUUACAUGGGUUAUUUUGUGUGCUUUCCUUUUUCCUGGUCGUUUUUCGACCUCAGUUUUCUAACGAUUCUAUGUCCUUAUUUCAGUUCAGUUUCUAAUCUGUGAUAAAUGUGGUGGUGAAGCAAUUGUGGAUUGUUGGUGUAAGAUCCUAGGGAAGACACAAUGUCUCUUCUCAGUGUAACAGUGAAGAAAGCUCGCUAUGUUGGUGCUCAGGCCGCCCAAAAUGACUCGUACGUCACCUUGAAGCUUCAGAAUGUGAAGUCCACCACUGUCACCGUGAAGGGCGCCAACCCUUGUUGGGAGCAGGAUUUCCUCUUUGAGACCAACGAUGUCAACACGGGGUUGCUGAUAGAGGUGUGGAGCAAGGGGAUGAUCUGGGACCGAGCUCUAGGGUACCACUUUUUGCCGCUGCCCUCCGUCCAUUACUCUAGUGAGGAGGGCCCGGGGGAAUGGGUAUCCCUGGACGCCGAGCUGGUGAUGAUGGGAGGGGAGGUUGUGGGCACAAAGAACCCCACGGGACACUCCCUAUUAGUGGACUGCAGGUUCGAGCUUCCCUUCGAUCCUGAGAACACGGAGGCGGCAGAUCUACAGCGCAAGCUUGAGUACCUGAACAGUAUCGUGGACCAAGAGCAGAGAGCUGAGCAGGCACGGAGACAAAUGCAGUAUUUCGGCCACUCCGGAUACUCAGAAGACAGUGAUUACACGAGUGACCUCAACUACCCGGUUGGUCAACAUGCCAACAGCUCCGCCAGCCAGUUCCGGAACACGGCCCACCAGAUGUCCACCCCCCAGCGCUCCCUGGAGACUAGCCGGGAGAAUUCGUACGAGACGGACGAGCCGCCGGGCCAACCACCUCCGGUACAGCACGGCCACCACCUGGCACCCGGGCCUCAACACCAUCCCCGGAGAAGAACGCACAGGGGAGGAGGAGGAGGAGGGGGA